CGAACUGCUUCAAUUAGAAACAUUGUAGGCCUUCACUGUGCAUUGAUUUCCUGUUUCGAUGUCGGAUGGUAUUCCGCGGGGAAACAUGGACGUGUGCAUCAGUACUGCUCUAAAGAUAUUGUUGGGCGACUCCGUAUUAUUCCUCUUAUAUUUUGUAUUAUUUCAUUGCAAAGUGAGAUGAAGGAAUUCUCUUGAGGAAUGAAUUUCUCGUCGGAUAAAUCAUCGUAGGAAUAAACUUGUGGAAUUCACCUGCCGAGAACGGGAUGGCCGAUGACGAACAAACUAAAAAGGAGAAAGACGUGGAGAAAAGGGACUUUGAUGAUGAUGAAGCCUCAUCGUCGCCAGGUCCUGAAGGGGACAAGGACCAGAAAGAGAAGAUACCCUAUCCGUAUGUUGCCAUCGGAUCAAUUUUCGCGUUCUCGAUAACGGAAGUGCUGUCUAAUAGGGCCUUAGGCACUGUGUCACACACCUAUUUUGUAACUGAACUGCAGCUGGAGCCGGGGUUUGUAACGAGGUUCUCGCAAGCGAGAAGACCGUUCUUCAUAAUGCUGAGUUUCGUUUGGGCGUAUAUUUCAGAGUCUUGGACUGGACGAUACCCAAUUCUGGCCUAUAUUGGGAUGCACAUAUUCGCAAUUUUCGGAAUUGCCGAGGGUUCUUGCAAAACUGCUUUUUCGGCCGAGCAGUUCAAGUUGCCAGAACAGGAAGUCGAGAAAGACAACUACUUUUAUUGGAAUUACACUGUUAUGAACGUCGCUGUGUUCGCUAUGUCGAUUGUGGCACCGAUGAUGAGGAAUAUUCCUUGUUUCGGAAGAGAAGACUGUUAUUCUAUCGUACUGGGCUUUGCUGGUGUGACUGCUGCCAUUGUUGCUGUCAUUUUUAUCGCCGCGUCGCCGUGGUUCUACAAGGCCCCGCCUGUAGGGAAUGUUACGGGAAGAGCGCUUUCGUGCCUCUUUUUCGGUGUGAAGAAUUGUCUAACGCACCGGAGGAACCCGGAUUAUACCCAUUGGAUGGACUAUGCACAAGACAGCGGGCAUUCGAAGGAGAUGGUCGAUGUCAUAAAACAUUUGCUGAAUGUCAUGGUCCUCUUGCUACCCUUGUCAGUCUACGACUCGAUUUAUGGUUUGCACGCAGACGAGUUGCAGUGGUACAACCCGUUGCUGACGUUUGUCAUGGUUCCCACUGCGAUCAAAAUCAUUUUUCCAUGGAUGCGUAGAAAAAGAAUCCUUCCCAGAUACCUCCACAAGGUCAUGUUUGGGUUCGUGUUGAUGAUUAUAACAUACCUUUUCGUCGACGUCAUCGCUUACUUAGUAGAAACUCGGAAUCCAAUGCCGAGGUUGUCUUCGUCGCAGAGCGCUGUUCAGCUCCUGGGGGGGAUCGAAGGCCAGUCUGUGGAUGUGUACCUCACUGGGCCAGGUGUGCCGUCGCUGAAGAAGACCGUGCCUCCAGGUGGAAUGGCCACCUGGGACACCCUGGAACACGGCAAGACGUACGUUCUCUCCAGUCAGCCGUCUGGCGUCCCCGCGCUCGCCUCUGUGACGGCGGACGGAGGAUCUGCUUUCACUGGAAUUGUCUGGGGAUCUGCGGCUGCUGCGCCGUCCGUCAAGAUGUUUCCCGAACCGGAUGCGUAUGGCGUCAACUUGACGAACCGCCCAAUGAUCAGGGCAGUGGCACUGUCUCCUGACGCCGGGAAAAAGGUUGAGCUCUCUCGGAAAGACAAGGAAGUUAAGGUCUUGAAGCUUCCUGCUGGUGGAGUUGGGGCGAGCGAGUAUUUGCAAAAGAUUCCUGUUGGCACGUAUGAGAUUAAGGUGGAUGGAAAACCAGCCGGGAAAGAAUGGUUCGAUGCAGGAGGCGUCUACUUGAUUUUACUGUCUGGGGGUGAUGAGCCAGCCCGAGUGACGACUCAGGUGAAACCUGCGGAAGUUCAUUUGCUCUGGAUGCUUAUACCGUUGUUCAUAUUGACCGUUUCGGAGGUCCUGACUUUUCCAACCAUUACAAUAUUCUAUAUUAAUGAGGUACCGGCAAACAUGAUGGGUGUGUCUUUAUCUCUCAUUAGUCAAAGCAACCAUCCAAUGAAUUUUCUUUCUGCGGCCGUGACUGACACUUUUAUUCCGUAUCUGUGGCAAGAAUUCUUGUUUUACACCAUCCUGUUGACGUUGGACACGAUCCUGCUUGGUUUUCUGUCCAAGUGGUACUUGGCGAAAGAGACUGCUGCGGAGAACGCUGCGGCGUCUCGUGAUGAACCGAAAGACUCGGAAGAACGUGGAUCGUUGACUAGAGCUAGCAGACUGACGGGAUUUGAUACCUCGUUGCGAUCCAGGUCUUCUUACAGGAAGUCCAUCGCUGCGCACGAGGCUACCAAACAACUGACUAAUGCCGACCUAGGCCCUUCCUCGGCUGUCCCCAAGACCGCGUAAUGCUGUACAGUAUAGUGCUUCGAAUAAUUAAGUUGGCUAAUUUCGAAUAAGUCUUCUGCUGUCUUAUUCGUAUCGUAUUCUCUUACAUUGUUGAUCAAUGAACAGUAUCAUUUUGGUGGGAUGA